ACGUCAGGGGCGUCCAAGGGGAGACCGGCAACAAUAUGGCUGGCAGUUAGUCGGUAUCGAACCGUCUCGCCGCGAGGUUUGUCGUGAUGAUAUUGUUGAAUGUAAUCGUUUGAAUGUACGUGAUAACGUUUACAACGACUUGAAACUACGAAUAAAUGGCAACGGCACCCGGUUUCUUCGUGGCGGGUACUGUAGAAAGUGGUGAAGGAUUCCAGUGAUUGGUUGAUGUAUAGGGAUCAACAAAUUAAGAUUACUACAGAAAGAUGGAAGGUGGAGCAGGUCAGAGUAAGAAGCAAAUCAGAGUAGGAUUCUAUGACAUCGAAGGAACCAUUGGCAAGGGUAAUUUUGCUGUGGUCAAACUAGCUCGUCACCGGAUCACAAAGACAGAGGUGGCAAUCAAGAUAAUAGACAAAACACAGUUGGAUUCAACAAACUUGGAAAAGGUAUACCGUGAAGUGGAGAUAAUGAAGCAACUUGAACACCCACACAUUGUUAAAUUAUAUCAAGUUAUGGAAACCAAAAAUAUGAUAUACAUGGUAUGUGAAUACGCCAAUAGAGGUGAAAUAUUCGAUUACAUUGCUCGAUAUGGUCGAAUGGGUGAACCUCGAGCUAGAGCAGCUUUUGCACAAAUUCUAUCAGCAGUGGAAUAUUGUCAUGGAAUAGGAGUCGCUCACCGUGAUCUGAAGGCUGAGAAUUUGCUUCUGGAUGCACAAAUGAAUGUGAAAAUAGCAGACUUUGGAUUCAGUAACAGAUUUGCUCCAGGAGAACGGUUAAGUACGUGGUGUGGUAGCCCUCCUUAUGCUGCACCGGAAGUCUUUCGUGGGAAACACUAUGCAGGCCCAGAAAUCGAUGUCUGGAGCUUGGGAGUUGUCCUGUACGUUCUGGUUUGUGGUGCUUUACCAUUUGAUGGAUCUACGUUACAGUCUUUGCGAGAUAGAGUCCUUAGUGGAAGAUUUCGCAUCCCGUACUUCAUGAGCACAGAUUGCGAGAGUCUGAUAAGAAAGAUGCUAGUACUAGAACCAGGCAAGCGGUAUACCAUCCCACAAAUAAAACGACAUCAUUGGAUGGAGGGGACUGCAGACACCAAUGAUGCAGAGCUUUCUAAUACUGCAACUGCAGCAGCAACGCAAACUGUACAGGAACCCAAUGAACAAAUUUUGAGGCUCAUGCAUAGCCUUGGAAUUGAUGUUACUCGUACCAGAGAAUCGCUCAGAAACAACAGUUAUGAUCAUCAUGCUGCCAUAUAUUUUUUACUCUUGGAGAGGUUAAAACAGCAUCGUACUACUAGUGUUAGUAAUAAUACUAGUUGCUGGCCUACAGUUGUUCGAGGAACCGAAGAAAAAUUCAAAUCAAGAGGCAGAGAAGAUGCUAGUCGAGCUGGAAAGAGAUUCAGUUCAACCAGUUCAUCCACGGACGAGGGUUGCUGUAGUGUAGAAGGCGAUUUGGAAGAAGGACCCAGUGGAGACGAGCUCAGAGAGGCCCAAAUAAAAUUGGAAGAACAUAGAUUGGGCUUGGACCGAGAUAUAAGUCAACGUAUAGACAGCCAAAUAGUUAAUCGAAGGUUGAGUGACUAUCAACAACAGCACUUUGACAGUCCUCCCAUAGAUCCUCCGUGUCAUACAUCUCUGUUUGCCGGUGAUGGAAGCUCGUCUUCCGAUCUUUUUGAAUCAAGUUUUGACUCAGGCUGCCCUCCAGAUUUUAGUGCUACAGGAUGUUUCACUAGCAGUUUGCCAUCGUGCACACCACCACCACCUAAAAGUCCGUCGCCUGUCGCAGCAAGAAUAUCAAGGGUGUCGCAAGGGCGCAGAGCAUCUGAUGGAGGUCCAAGACUCCUAUUUUGUCCACAGGGUAGUGGAGAUCGCUCAACAAAGCAGCGCAGCAUCCAAGAUUCUGGAAAGGCUAGAGGCCACUUAGACCUCGUUCACUUGCGUCCUCCUGUGACACCAUCGCAAACACCACCACAGUUCAAAAUGCGUGCCGAUUCUGGGGCACAGUUACAGUUGCUUGUUCAACACAGAAUGCUACAGCAGAAACGAAAUCUCUAUCAUCGUCAGCGAGGUGGAGGUAGUCCCACGCCAACACCUAUUACAUCAGCCACGGGAAGUAGACGAAGGGAUCACGUACCUAGACAGGACAGCUACAAAAUGGCUCAACGAACUCAAAUUCUACCACCUCUAUCCAUGAAUCAUGGCGAUGGAGAAAUUGAAAGAGACAGAGAUGAAGAAAGAUGGAAAAGUUUACCUUCUCGAUUAGCCGCUGACUGUCAAUUAGCUGAAAGAACGCUCCUAUGGAGUCAACAGGUAGGACUUGGUGGAGGGGCUUCGUAUCUGCCUUCCGGUGGAGUGGGGGGCUUUUUGUGGCCUAGUGGAAGCAGUCCCCAUUCAACAAUAUUUGAAAACGCCGGAGAUCCCAUGGAAUGAGCGCUUCGAGCCACGUAUUAUUCUAACAUGUGUUUUCGAUAUGUAUUAUAUAGCUCUCCAGGGAAGCAAAUAUUUGUUGUUCCAAAAUAUGUGCCAUUUUCCUACAUGAAAAUAUGAUACAUAUCUUGAAUGGUUGUGUUUAUUUGCAUACACCAUCGUAAGAGAAAAAACCCAAUGUUCAAAUAACAAGCUAUAGUACGAUUUCGAAUAUUCUAACAACCACAUGUUUCAGUAAAGGAACAAUAACUGGCAAUAAACUAGCCUUUAGUUUGUGAUUUGUGAAUACAGAUAAUUCAUGUUGACAUGCAUAUUUCUUAGAUACGUAUGAUUAUUCGGCUUGUCAGAGAAUAUUCAUUGAAUUGAGAAUAAGAUUUUCAACUAUAAAUAAUCUUCUGACAAAGUUCAGAGAGCGAAAUGCUCUCUGUAUCUUUUUUGACCUCGGGUAAGCAGGAAGAUAAUUCUUACGAUGUAUUACAAGUCAACUGCAUCAAUUAUCUGCAUUUCAUAGAGACAACGCAAUUAUUCAUUAACCACGUUUGUCAUAGACUGAUGAUUAACUAAAAAAAAAAACACCAACCAAUAAUAUUAAUGACUAAUGAGGGAUCCAGAAACUCAAGUGUAGUAGGUCUCUGUCCACUGUUUUGAUAUUCAACCACUAUUGUUGAAUACAUAAUAAAUGUUAAUCCGUUCAUAAUUGAAUUAACCAAAACCUUAAUAUGCAUGAAGAAUUUGUUUUUUUUUAGUCGGACUUUCUAUGUGAAACUUGUUAUUCUUAUAAUUUUAACAUUAUGGCAGACUUUACCGACUUGCGUUCUAGAUUCCCGACAUUAUGACAAGUGGAAAUAUUAUAAUCAAUCGUCAAAAUAUCAAUUCUUUGGUGAAUAUUCGUACCAUAAUGAUAACUAAAGCAUAAUGAUGAGUUCUCAUCGGAUUCAUAUUGCUGAUAUUAUCAGGGUAUGGGAAACGAAAUUUGCGUCCCAUAGUAAGAUCUUAUUUCCACUGGUCAUAAUAAUUUGAUAGCAUUUAGAAGUUAUGAUAUUAUGAUAGUAGCAAUCAACGUUAGCUGAGAUGUAAGAGAGUAGUGAAAGAGUUCGGAAUAUCAGUGUAAGCUAUGAGAUAUGAUUUUGUGCAUAAGCGCAAGAGAACCAUUGUCUCAAACCAGUACAUAAUCUGUUUAACAAUGGAUUCCGAAUCUACGAAAACAUGAAAAACACAAACAAAUGAAAAACUUCAAGAUCAGACAAUAAAUAUGAAUUUUAAUCUCAUUUUAUACUGUUUCAAUAUCGAUUGUUGACAAUUUGAUUGAUGAAUUUUCUAUAACAUACAAAUCGGGUUCAUUAUUAUCUGCAUGUGAAUGUACACAGUGAAAAUGAAAUCAGUCUCAUAUUGACUUCUGUAUUCAGUUCUCUUGAGUUCGUUAAUAUUCAUAAGAAAUAAAGAAAGCAUUGAAGCAAUAUUGGCCGCGCACAACUGACAACGAUUUUAUCAUUCGAAUUCUUUACCAUUUUUUACCCAAACAAACAAUCAAACUUCGCUCAAAACUUUUUGAUAAGCGAAUUAAUAGCAGUUAAGGUAGCCUAAUCGUUGUUAAAUCAAUCAUUUUAAAUGAGGCAUAGGUACGAUGUUGAAAAAUGUUUAUUGAAAUUGAAAAUUAAUCUUAGUACCUAGAAAAGAAGAUUAAAUCAGGUAAAAGGUAGUCUCAUUUGAAAUGAUUAUUUUGAUAUUAUACAUAGUUCAUAGUGUAAGAACCAUUUUUAAAACGUGCUGUUGAUUUAAUAGCAAUAAGUUACGAUGAUUUAAAUUGGUGAAAACGAAUUUAGAUUCUUAGUUAGUCCUGGUAGAUAGAUAUUUUGUAAAUUACUAAGUGAAAAAAAAUGUAUGAUUUAUAAUAUAAGGCCUAAGAUGCCUGUCGAUACUAGUCAAUAACUGCAAUUAUUUUUUUAGGUAAUUAUUUACUAUUAAUAGGGAAAGGGAGAGAAUUGCGCAAACUUGCCAAAGCGGAGGCCAGGUUAUCAUAUCAGCGUAACAUGUAAGGACUCAAUGCUGGGACAAAUGCUUAGGUUUAGUCAAUCUUUCUUUUCAACAAUCAUAAGUAAUAGUGAAUGAUUACCAUUUAUAAUCUGUAGAUCAAUGUGUGUAACUCAAACGCGCUUAAAUUGUAACAAAUAAAGAGCAUAUUAAACAAUA